CCACCCACAAGCGCUCGGACCUUACGCCGACAUGGCCCUCUCUCAAGCCAUCGUCGGCGCGGCGACCCUCAUGCGGGACGUCGACGACCUCACCGACAGCGCCUUCGACGCGGUCGAGAGUGCGGCGCAGAUGUGGUUCCGCAAGAUCCAGGCGGCCGGCGACAGGCUGAGCGACGCUCGGUCGUGCAUGCGGCCGCCUGCAGUGGACGUCGGCCCGGCGUAUGAGCCCUAUCAGCACCUCCCUUCGCCACCGCCGCGACCGCCGGAUGCAUUCGCCGUGCUCUCGACGCCAAGGACGCCCACCGUGGUCCGCAGCUCCUCGCUUAUUAGCAACGAGCCCAUGUGCGCGCAGUGCCACUCAAAGCUGAUCAACAACGGGCUGGCCCAGCGCCAGCCCCGCGGCCUCAAUGAGGUCUCGAACGUGUCAGAACGCGCCAACAUGCCAGUGGCGCUUCGCCCAAGCCGGAAGAAGCGCUCAAACCGCCGCCGCACCAUCUAGGGCAAGGAAGGAGGCCGGAGCGCCGUCCUCUUUCAACCUAGACAGAUGUGUAUUAGACAGGGCAAAGGCCCAAGCUCGGGAAUCGGGCAGCGUCCCCUGUGCAGCGGCCCCAAAUGCUCGGGGUGGGAUGCGUCUCCUCUCUUGCUUGUGAAGAGAGAGAAGAGAGAGAGAGAGAGACGGAGACCAGAGAGAGGGAGAGAGAGCUUUUUUGCCUUGAGUUACGUAUGCCGCAAAAGGGAGCUGGAUCAGCGCGUGCCAGCAGGAUCUUAAAAUCCCUGUGUGGCGGCGGCGUGCCGUCCUCCCUUUCGGUAUGUUUUUC